AUGACCAAGGUUUCGCUUCUCCUUGGAGCUUUUGCGGCUUCUGCUUGUGUUCAAGCUUUCGUCGUGCCUUCUGCCCCUGCAGUUACGCAAGGGCCAAAAUUAGAAGAUCGGGCUACAACUUGCACAUUUUCCGGCUCAAAUGGUGCAUCUUCAGCGAGCAAGUCGCAGAAAUCCUGCGCCACUAUUGUGUUAUCGAACGUUGCGGUUCCUUCUGGCGUGACGCUCGACCUCAGUGAUCUAAAUGAUGGCACCACCGUCAUUUUUGAGGGUACAACUACCUGGGGCUACAAGGAGUGGUCUGGCCCUCUGCUCCAAAUUGAAGGCAAUCAUAUCACCGUCCAAGGUGCCAGUGGUGCCAUUUUAAACCCUGACGGCGCCCGCUGGUGGGACGGUGAAGGUAGCAACGGCGGCAAGACAAAGCCCAAGUUCUUCGCUGCUCAUGAUCUGACCUCGUCCACGAUCACCAACUUGAAUAUCAAAAACACUCCUGUCCAAGCCGUUAGCAUUAACGGUGCCAAUGGAUUAACCAUCAAUGGUAUGACAAUUGACAACAGUGCUGGUGAUAGCGGCGGUGGCCAUAACACCGACGGGUUUGAUAUCGGCUCUAGUUCGAACGUUGUGAUUAGCGGGGCCAAGGUGUAUAACCAGGACGAUUGCGUUGCUGUCAAUUCCGGCACGAACAUUACCUUCAGUGGUGGUCUUUGCUCCGGUGGUCACGGUUUGUCAAUCGGCAGUGUUGGCGGCCGAGACGACAACACCGUUCAGACAGUCACCUUUAGCAACUCACAGGUUACCAAAUCAUCAAACGGUAUCCGCAUCAAGGCAACUGCGGGAGAUACUGGCACCAUCAAGGGUGUUACCUACUCAGGCAUUACUUUGUCAUCUAUUACUAGCUAUGGCAUUCUUAUUGAGCAAAAUUACAAUGGCGGUGACCUUCAUGGAAGCCCCACUAGCGGCAUUCCCAUCACCAACCUAAUCCUCCAGAAUAUUUCUGGGAGUGGUAGUGUCCAGUCAAGCGCUACUAACAUUGCUAUUGUUUGUGGAAGUGGAGCUUGCUCUAAUUGGACAUGGAACAAUGUUGACGUUACUGGAGGAAAGAAAUACGGCAGCUGCCAGAAUGUACCGAGUCCUGCCUCUUGUUAA